AUGUCCCAGGUUCAGCGUCACUUCGGAAUAGAUCUGAUCCAGGCAGCCAAAAAUGAACUGGCUUUUCUUGAAGAGGUAGCAAAAUACCCAAAUCUUCGUGCUGGGCCACUUCUAAGAGAGGCCAUCAGGAGGUAUGAGCAACUGUGGUUGCCUCUUGCUGCAAGGCAUAACACUCAUUCCCAGAUGGCGGCUCCUUUGGACAUUGCAUGGGUGUGGCAUGUACACAUGCUUGCCCCGUAUCACUACGAAAAGGAUUGCACCAAUGUAGUAUCCAAAUUGGUCGAUCACUCUCCUUUAGACGUCACACAAAGACAGGAAGGUCUUCAAAAUGCAAAAUGUCUCUGGCAAAAUGCCUACCCAGCCAAACCCUUUGAAGUUGAUCUGAACAACCCUCCAACAGUUGUCAUAAAUUAUCAAUCUAGAAUACAGUACAAACUGGAGGAAGCUUGUUUACGCCAGUUCAAAUUCUACUACCAAGUUUCGUUACCCCAUUACAGAGAUGACCAGUUCCUCUCACAGGCAGUUGAUCGUUAUGAACAUCAUCUUCAUCUGAAAAGUCAGCAUCUGAACGUUUUUAUGGUUCCAUGUUAUGAUUUUGACCUGAUUUGGCACGUGCAUCAACUUCAUCCAGUGAAUUACAGGCAUGCAACAGAGAUGAUUCUGGGAAAGCCCCUGCAUCACAACGAUACUGAAACAAGUCGAACGCCAGGGUCUAAGUUGUACAAUUCUGAAAUAAAAACAAGGGAAGUCUGGGCAGCAAGUGGCAAAAGUUUUUUCAAGCCAGGAGCCAUGUACAGAGGUGAUCCACUAGAGCCAAGACCACCAAGAAGCAAAUGGUUUUAUGCUGUCCUCGCACGUUCAGAAUAUCCAUGCGAAUUCAAAAGCAUUGACGCACAGGGACUACAGCGAAAAAAGACAUUUGUUGUUCGGUUGGUAAAUAUAUUCCGCAGAAAACUAUUUUCGCAGAAAUUCAAAGGGGAUUCUAAAGCAAGUAAUCCGCGUGCUAAAAAGUUUACUUUUGACAAUGGGGACAAAAAUUCAGUUAAUGUUCGCCUUUACAGAAAGAAACUGUUUGGGGAGAGGUUCAUUGCGCAGGAAAAGUUGAAUCUUCUCCCCUACCUUGAAGAUGUGCCAUUCGUCGACCAUGCAGUAGGACCUUAUCAGCAAAUCACAAUUGAUGUUCCCCUGGUCAGUUAUCCAGAGCAGUAUGUGGCAAAGGUAACCGUGGGGAUUGAUUACCCAACUAUUGUCAAAUACAGCUUUCAAAUUCAAGCUGAAAAAGAUUUUACAUAUUGCGCCCAUCCGUCAAUGAUUCUGAGUUAUCCGCUGCUGACAGUAAUUUCACCAAAUGAUCUUUGCAAGCCAUCUGUCCCUUGCGAAUAUUCCAUUCAUCCUGUAUUAGACUGGAGAGAGAAUCAGGUCUUCCGUUGCCGAGUUGUUCAUUCAACGGAUGCACUUUUGUCUGCUGCUGAGAUCAUCAGUGUUCAUGGAAAGGUGGUGGCAACCAGCCAUACAAUCGGGGCUAGUACACUUCCAGAGAAAGGCGACAUACGAGAUCAUGAAAACAGCGUCUACCUUGAACAGAAGAAAGGUGAGAGAGCGAUGCUUAUCCGAGGUCAGAAAGACUGGGCGAUAUGCAUUGGUAGAUGGCAGUGGACGCCUAAAGUCAUCGGUACAAGAAAUUCAAAGGCACAACACUAUGUCAAAAUAAGAGUCUUCAAGCUGUUUGGCCAGUGUGGCUGGUGUUCUGUUCGCAAAUACGAAAACGGAUUGUUCAUAAUCAAGGUUGAUUCUGACACCAUGGUGAGAAUAGAUCUUAAGGAGAAUAAAGUUGUAUUAUCUCCUCGAGCCCAGGAUAUUCCAGAGUUACUGGCCUUGGCGUUUUCAGUGUCUAUCUUGUAUCUUCUAUGUACACCUUACGAGCCAAAACCGCCCCUGGAACCCAUGCCCUCACUAGCUAAAGGCUCCAACAACAGCGUAGUAUCUCCUUCUUUUCACAGUGCUGGUUACUUCAGCAAAAGGGUGCCAACCAACGUGUUUCUCUCAGUGACAGGAAAAGGCUGCAGGAUCACUUACCAAGCCCUUUCUCAACUUAACUUUUACGAUUUCUACAAUGAUUUCAGCUACGUCUGGGGCGAAGAUUCCGCACAAGUAGAAGCUGAUAGUUACUGGGUUGGGGCGGGUUUUGAUUCAGGAGGAGGUGGGUGCUUCAGUGAUACCGGAAGUGGAGGUUGUGUGGGAGGGGAUGGUGAUGGUGGAGGGUGUGUUGGCGGUGGUGGAGGCUGUGUUGGUGCAGAUGGUGGUGGUGGUGAUGGAGGAGGGUGUGGUGCUGGCGGCGGAUGUGGCGGAGGAGGAGGGUGUGGUGGGGGUGGAGGAUGCGGCGGGGGUGGUGGCGGAGGUUGUGGAGGAUGA